AUGGCUAUUAAACUUGAUCUUUCAAAAGCUUUCGAUAUACUUGAGUGGUCCUUCAUCAUUGUUGUUUUUAAAAAGUUGGGAUUCUCUGAAGUUUGGUGUCAUUUGAUAUAUCAGUGUAUCAGCACAGUGUCUUACUCAGUGCUGAUCAAUGGCUCCCCUAGUGAAUCUUUUCUGCCUUCUCGGGGUAUUAGGCAAGGGGAUUGUCUUUCUCCCUAUAUCUUCAUUCUUUGCAUGAAGGUUUUGUCUCAGCUGCUCUCUAAAGCUGAGGAAGAUAAGCUUAUUCAAGAUGAUUGCAUGAUGUUUUGUAAAGCUUCUGUCACUUAUGCAAAGAAUAUCAUUAAAGUUAUCAAUGUUUUUGCUAAGGCAUCAGGUCAGGCAAUUAACUUCGAUAAAUCUGGGUUUAUAACUAGUGGGAAAAUGCAUCAUAAACUCAUCAAGAUAUUAUCUAAGACCCUUAAUAUGAAGUUUCUUAGUAGUUCUGAAAAGUAUUUAGGUACUCCUUUAUUUAUUGGCAAGGACAAGACUAAAUCUUUUAGCUUUCUUAUUGAUAAUUUCUAUGCUAGACUUAAUUCUUCGAAAAAAUCCAACUUGAACAUUGCUGGUAGAACAAUGGUUACUAAACAUGUGUUAUCUAGCUUGUCUGUUUAUCAUAUGGCUUGUUUUCCUCUUCCUACAAAGGUCACUAGGAAAUCUAAACUAAAUGGUGGUUUGGGUAUUAGGAAUUCCUAUGUUACUAAUAGAGUUUUCAUUUGCAAGCUGGGUUGGAGAAUUAUGAAGAAUCAGAAUAGUUUGCUUUCUAGAUUUAUUCAGAAUAAAUAUUUCCCUAAUCAGAAUCUUUUGGAAAUUGAUAAGGCGGCUGACUCUUCUUCGUGGUUGUGGAAAGGCAUUGUUAAGGGUCUGAAAUUUAUUAAGGAUAAUACAGUGAUUAAAAUAAAUAAUGGGGCUUUCACUCCUAUUUGGAAUGCUCCCUGGAUUCCAGGGAUUUCUUUACCUCCUACUCCUUUGAAUCCUAUUUGCAAUAACUAUACUUAUGUGUCUGAACUUAUUGACUAUCAUCACAACUGUUGGAAUGUUCCUCUUCUGAACCUCUUAUUCUCCCAUGAUGAUGUUAUUAGGAUUUUAUCUAUUAGAUUAAACUUGUUGCAGCCGGACUCUCUUAAGUGGGCUCAUACCAGAGAUGAAUCUGUUAUGCAUCUUUUUGUAAACUGUCCUGUUGUUUCUCGUAUUUGGUUUGGUCUCUCCCUUCAACAUUUGGUUACUACUGAUUUGGAAUGGUUAGAUGAUAUUUUCCUAUAUUGGCAUGACUCAAGUCUGGGUAUGUCUCCUUUUAAAGUUGGUUGGCCUAGUGUAGGUGCUAUUGUUAUGUGGUGUGUCUGGAAAUUGAGGUGUGACGUAAUCUUCAAGAAUGUUACUCUGGAUAUGAACAGGAUCAUUGUGGAUAUCAAGAGAAUGCUUAAUUCUUACAUUGCUCCGCAGAUUAGUGUUGUUGUUUGUUUUGAUGUCAAAAUUCCACAGUCUAAAGUGGAGCAUUUUAUGUUUAUAGAUGGUUCUUUCAAGGAUUUUAAAUUUGGUAUCGAUGUUAUUUGGUGUGAUGUUGCAGGGAAUGUAAGAAAGACGCGCUCGGACUUUGGGUUGAUCCAAGAUGCUGUGGGAGCUGAAGCUACUGCGCUUUUGUUGGCUAUCUCUUGGGCAAAAGAGAUGAAUCUUCCCAAAGUGGUGUUUGUUAGUGAUUGUCUUCAUCUGGUCAAUUUUGUUAACGGCUGCAACUCUUCAGUGGAUUGGAGAAGCCUGGACCUUUUGGAGCUUUGUCGGAGUUCAAUUUCUAGUUCAGUUUCUUUUAAACUAAUGUAUAUAAAGCGGCAGAAUAACCCGUUAGCGGACCGGCUUGCGCGUCGGGCUAGGAAAAACAAUCUCAAGGGUUUAUGGUUUUCUCUUCCAAAUUUUCUUAAUAAUAUGUGUAGGAAGACAAACCUUAAUAUACUUUGUAACUCUCUUCUUACUUAA